AGUUGGAUAGUGGAUAGAUGUUAAAGAUACAAUUGAUUAAUGGGUAUUUAUGUUUUGUUUUUAAUUUCUAUAUUAGUUAGAAGCAUAAGUAUAAAUAGUUGAAUAGAAUAGAAUAUUUGUUCAUUAUAAUGGAUGGGGAAAUAGAUGGGAUGAAUGGAUUGAUACAUAAUCACCUAGAAUUGCUACUUUUAGAACAUAUACUGUAGGUAGUAUUAAUUAAGAUUUCUUAUCUCCAAAUCCUGUUAGUGAUCCUGAUUGUGAAGUAGAGAAAUAAGAAAUUGAUAUGCAUAAAUUUAUUUUUGAUGUAGGACAUAUGAUGAAUUAAGUUACUUAAUUAUUAAUUGAAUUUGGAAGGUUUGAAAAUAAUAAAAGAAUAGCUGAAAAAUAGUUAUAAUUACAAUAAUAAUACUAAUAAAUGUUAAUUAAUAAAAAUAAGGAAAUAAAUAUUGAUGAAAGUAAUUUGGAAAUAAAAAAAAAAGAAAAAGAAUUAUAUGAAUAUGAAAUUAAAUCUAGUUUGAUUGGUUCAUAAUUAGCACCUGUAUUUGAUAGAAUGGGUAGAAUGAUGACAGAUUUAGCUCCACAUUUAGCUUUAAUGGGUUAAAAAACAUAAAGAGUGAAUAACAAUUAAUAAUAAUAAAUGCUUUUUUAGGUUCCUGUUACUUUAACACCAAAUGAAAUGUAUUAAUCAUAAUAAAAUGCUCCAACUCUUCAUAGCCGUUUAGAAAUAAUUAGUAAUAGAUUAGCUAUACUAAGAAUGACUGAAUAUGUUCAAUAAGAAGAUAGUGAUGAUGAUCAUAAUAAUAAUAUGUGA